AUGUGCAGCUCCGACCUUUUCCUAGCGGUACUCGCCGUCUUUUUCCCACCUAUUGCAGUCUGGGUCAAGGCCGGGUUCUGCAGUGCAGACUCGUUCAUCAACAUAACUCUCACCCUACUCUGCUUCUUCCCGGGUCUCAUCCACGCGUGGUACAUCAUCCUCAAGUACCCGGAGCAAUACGACGACGAUGUAGCCUACGAGCCCAUCCCCGGAGGCGGGAGUCGGCGGCGCGAUCUGGAGAACGGAAACGUUACCUACUACUACGUCUCACGACAGCCCCAGCGCGGAUAUGGCACAGUCGACACUCAAGACCAGCAGGCGCCUGGUCCGGCGAACAAACCACACAACCAGACUGAAGCAAGUGGAAAUGCUGGGAGCAGCAGUGCGCCCCCACCACCGACUUAUGCUGAGGCUGUGAAGGGUGACAAUAAGCUGCAGAGCAAUGAACGAGAGUGA